GCUUAGAGAUGGAAGAGACCUAUUAGGCUAUCUAGUCCUCCUGCAUGCCAGUGAGGAAUUGCUUCAACUGGAUUUGCUUUAAAGGACAGGUGAAUAGCUGAGUAAAGCACAGGAUCCCAUUUUCUGUAGGAUAUGGCUUUUAUGCUUCUGGUUUUACAUGUAUGUCUAGCUUUGAACCUCAUAAUUAGCAAUAUUCCAGUGAAAUUUUUUCCAGGCUUUUUUAUUUAAAGCAUAACAGUGGUCUGAACAGAAACUGUUCUGAUUGCACAGAUGUGCAGUUUUGCCUUGUGGAGUGAUUUGUACCUCAUCAAAGGAGAACAGGAAGAAAGGCAAAAAUCUGAGGAGUCCAGAAAAUACCUGUAGAGCUGCAGCUUCUCUUUCUCCGAGCUCUGCCAGAGGUAUGAGCUGUUAUGUAGCAGUUGCAUAUGAAGAGAAGACAAAGUACAAGUCAUCAUCAGAAGAUCCUGUCCUAAGCUGGGCCUGAAAGUUCAUCCAGCUGACUUCUACAUAAACAAAAUCCAGAAGUGAAAAAGUCAAGUCCCUCUGCCACAAUGAGCUCUGAACAUGAAGAAAUUGCAAAAACGGUUGUCAAUGGGCUGAGCAGCAAUGGACAAGAAAAAGCUGUUGACGUCCCUUUAUGUACACGUUCUAUUUCUGCCGUUAAAAUAAUCCCUGUGAAGAAAGUGAAAAGUUCUCCUCACCUAGUGCUGCCUACAGAAAUGGAUCCCACAAAAGUCUGCAGUGGAAAAGGAGCUGUAACCCUCCGGGCAACUCCAUCCUCUGAAGGGAAUCGGAACAUCACUUCACCAUGUCCUCAGGAUGCUGAGCAACCUGAAAAUGAUUGGAGGUCGUCGUCUAACACUGAUGCCAAUGGGGAUGCCCAGCCAUCUUCUCUGGCUGCCAAGGGUUAUAGGAGUGUGCGUCCGAAUCUUUCUUCAGACAGCAAGCCACAGGCCCUUGCUCCUCCCCGUCCUCCUCUUCCCAAAGAGGAGAGCUUUGCAUGGCGUCCUCGCACUGACACUAGAGCGACCAACCUGUUGCCAGUGCCCAUCAUGGACUGUGUGUACCUGAAUGCACCCAAGCCUUACACCCAGCGUGCCUCACCAAGCACCAGUGCACGCUGUUACUUGUCCUCACCCACCCCCUAUGGGGCCAGCCCCAGUGGGAAGCAAGGCUUGCCAGCAGGGCGUUCCCCCUCCUCAGGCCCCAGAGAUGGGGUGCAUGCUGGGCAGCCACUCUGGGAAAGUCACUCCUCAUCGGGUGCAGCAUCCACACAACACAACCCUGACAGGGCAGAUCCCAGUAGUAAGGCUGGAACGAAUUCCAGUCAUGAGACGAAGGCGGAUAAAAAGGUCAGCAAACUAUAUGUAGCUUGUUUAUCUAACAGCACUUGCUCAGGCGCAUCUCAAAAUUCCACUGGCACCACACAUGACCCAGCAGCCAGCACCAGUUUGGGCGCUGAGCUCACUCAGGCACCAGCCACCAACAUUGUUUCCUCUGUAACAGACACUGAAAAGUCUCUUCCUGCUGCUCCUCCUCCUCCUAUUCCUCCCAGGCCGUACUUUUACAUUGUCCUCAGCAAAGACGCAGUUAGUUAUGGUGCAGGCCAGCCCUCCCGGACUCAGCCGUCACCUCCGCCAGCUGUGAGGGACAGAGUGCUAGAGCCCCAGAGCACAGCUGCCACAGAGGACAGGAUGAGAAAAGAGCCUUACCUUACCCAGCAGCGACAGCCACCAUACAAGGCAAUGGGACGCAGCAUGGAUGCCACUGCCACCACCUCAGCUCAGCCUGGAGUUAUAGUAGUCCCCCUCCUCCAGGUUAAUCCAGACAGACAGCAAGAAGGCAGCUCCAGCACUCCACCACCGCCUCUGGUUCCUUUCGGGCAAGGCUCCGUAUCCCCUGAGAUUGUUUCUCCUGGCUCACCCUUGACUUUUCCAACUCUAGACGAUUUCAUUCCCCCACAUCUCCAGAGGGGCUCCCACCAUAACCAAGCACCCUCCACAUCUGGCACAUUACCCUCUGUUUACCCGAAACUGCCAUUCUUCUCAUCACCACCUUCACUUGUCCCUCCAGUCACGGGGGCUUUGCACAGGGGCUUGAAGCCUGAAAUCACUGGAGUCAUCUCACAUAAAGACCCAGGUCCUGUGCUAAAUGAAGUGCCCCAGCCUGGCACUGACUAUUCAACCUCCAUCACUUCCAUCAGCAAGUCUGCCUCUGCCUAUCCUUCUACCACAAUUGUCAAUCCCACUAUUGUCCUCUUGCAGCAUAAUCGAGAACAGCAAAAAAGGCUUAGUAGCCUGGCAGAUUCAGUGCCAGACAGAUUAGUUUCUGACAAAGUUGAUUCAGCACUUCUACGGGACAAGACGGUUCAGGAGGCUGUGCCAAGAGAGAAGAGGGCAGUGGAAGAGAAGAGGAGCACUGUCAAGAGCCCUCUGCACAUGGCUGAUACCUCUGUCGAUGAUAUUGGAAUCCCACUGAGGAAUACAGACAGAUCAAAGGACUGGUACAAGACGAUGUUCAAACAGAUCCACAAGCUAAACAGAGAUGAAGAUUCUGAUUCAUGCUCUCCUCGUUAUUCCUAUUCUGAGGACAGCAGAACCCAAGUUCCCCGCUCCAAGAGUGAGAUGGACAAUAUUGAUUCUGAGAAGGUUGUGAAGAGGUCUGCCACUCUGCCACUGCCAAACCGUACCUCAUCACUGAAAUCAAGCCCAGAAAGGACUGACUGGGAGCCUCCAGACAAGAAGGUGGACACCAGAAAAUACCGUGCAGAACCCAGGAGCAUUUAUGACUAUCAGCCAGGGAAGUCCUCUGUUCUGAACAACGAAAAGAUGACUCGGGAUAUAAGCCCAGAAGAGAUAGAUUUAAAGAAUGAACCUUGGUAUAAAUUCUUUUCGGAAUUGGAGUUUGGGAAACCGCCUCCAAAAAAGAUUUGGGAUUAUACUCCUGGAGAUUGCUCUAUCCUUACUAGAGAGGAUAGAAAGAGUGAUCUAGAAAAAGACCUCUACCUCUACCAGACUGAGUUAGAGGCAGAUUUAGAAAAAAUGGAGAAGCUUUAUAAAGCACCACAUAAAAAGCCACAGAAGAAUACAGCAGGUGUUGCUCCUCUGGAAACUUCAACAGACCAUUCUUCCUACUCCACUUAUUCACCCAACUACCAUGCAGUGAAGAGGGAGUCAGAGCUAGCUCUGGGGGACCCUGCUGCCUUGGAGAAUGAAAGGCAGAUUUACAAGAGUGUGCUGGAAGGUGGAGAUAUCCCAUUCCAGGGGCUGAGUGGUCUCAAGCGACCUUCGAGCUCUGCUUCCACAAAAGAUUCAGAAUCACCAAGGCAUUUUGCACCAGUUGAUUACAUGGAAACUCCAGAAGAAAUUCUCCGCAGGCGGCAUGAUGAUAAAGAGAAACUUUUAGAGGACCAGAGACGGCUUAAACGUGAGCAAGAAGAAGCUGAUAUUGCCGCUAGAAGGCACACAGGGGUUAUUCCAACGCACCAUCAGUUUAUCACUAAUGAACGAUUUGGGGACCUCCUAAAUGUAGACGAUACAGCAAAGAGGAAAUCUGGGUCAGAGAUGAGACCUGCUAGAGCCAAGUUUGACUUUAAAGCACAGACACUAAAGGAACUUCCUCUGCAAAAAGGAGAUAUUGUUUACAUUUACAAGCAGAUUGACCAGAACUGGCUCGAAGGUGAACACCAUGGCAGAGUUGGCAUCUUCCCACGAUCAUACAUAGAGCUCCUUCCACCAGCUGAGAAGGCUCAACCCAAAAAACCGUUACCACUGCAAGUAUUGGAAUAUGGAGAGGCUAUUGCUAAGUUCAACUUCAAUGGGGAUACCCAAGUGGAAAUGUCCUUCAGGAAGGGUGAAAGGAUCACUUUGAUUCGGCGAGUGGAUGAGAACUGGUAUGAAGGCAGGAUCCCUGGCACCAGCCGCCAGGGCAUCUUCCCCGUCACUUACGUGGAGGUUCUCAAGCGGCCGGUGGUCAAAAACGCCAUUGACUAUCCCGACCCUCCGGUGUCCCUCUCCCCCAGCCGCAGCAUGACAGCUUCACCACAGCCUUCCUACCAUUCAUUGAGAGCUGGACCAGAUCUCACAGAGUCUGAAAAGAGCUAUGUGCAACCUCAAGCACAGCAGCAAGGAUCCAGCCCUGAGCGAAGUCAAACACCACGAGACAUAGUUAGCUACCAAGCCCUCUACAGCUACACUCCUCAGAAUGAUGAUGAGCUGGAACUGAGGGAUGGUGACAUUGUCGAUGUCAUGGAGAAGUGUGAUGAUGGCUGGUUUGUGGGUACAUCCAGGAGAACAAGGCAAUUUGGUACCUUCCCAGGCAACUACGUGAAGCUUCUGUAUCUGUAAAAUAAAAGUGAUCCCACCAUGACAAGGAUGGGAUUCCUUUCCAGAUGGUGUUUUUAAACAGUGAAGAAACAGACAAUUUAUGAAUGUAAUAGACAAGAGAUGAGAAGUGUUAGGAGGAUGUGGUUAUGUGGUACACUAUUGAGUUGAAUGUGUAGCCCUGCUUCCAUGGAGUCAGGGUGUGAUUUGUUUGCUGAAGAAGAGACAGUUUCUAGUUUACAGUGCUGCCUUUGUGUAUUCCUCUCCCUUCCCCACUAAGAGUUUUGAUGAUAAUCUUAAUUUGUACGGAGUACUUACCUCUCAGAAGGCUUCAGGGAAGCACAUGGUAUAGGUUUUGUUUGUGUGUUGAGAUAGGGUAGUUCUUUGGGGCAGUACUCAGCCCUGCAGCUGCUCACAUUCGUUGGCACAGUUCAGGAGGCCAGGCUUGCUGCCCAGUUUCUGCCUUGCUGAAGACUCACUUUUCUCUGCCUUCCAUUUCCAUAGAAAGCCCUUCCUUCAUGUCAUGCAUCUUAAGACCCAGCAGAGGCAGAGGACAGCUGAUACAAUUAAAUUGCAGAGCUAUGUGUGGAAAAGGAGUUUGGGACUGGUGGUUUAAUCCAGAGAGUCAGCCAAAGCAUAAUGCAAAUGCUCAAAAAUCCCAAACCCUUGAAUAACAUAUUACCGAUCUCUGCAGGGCUUUUUCUUUUGUGCAGGGAGGAUGUGUGUGAGUGUAUUGUGUGCAGAAUGAACAGAAUUCCUGUUUUUUUAAAGAGAAAUCAGCCUAGCUUUGACAUUUAUCUGCACAAAGAAUAGAACCAAUAAACAGAACAUCCGUGAGGACAAAUCCUGUUUAUGAGUCCUAUGGCUGUUCACUUUCUCUGUUCCUCUUGCCCUGUCGCUGGCCCUAAAGGAUCACACACCUUUUCCAGUAUGUGCUUUGGGAUGAAGACUUCUUUCCCAGCAUUAAAUCUUAGAGUUUCUGAUAAAUCUGAGCAAUGCAUCACUGAGGGUGCCUUUUUUUAAAUUUUGGUUACAGUGUUAAUGGUAGGUCCAAUAAAUACAUGCAUUCUGGCUGCCUCUUAGUCAUACAUAAAAAGUCUAAUCAAUUUGGAAAGCUGUUCCCAACAGUUAUUACCAGUUACAUAGAUUUGUAUUUCCUUGAGGGGAAAAAAAACCCAAUAUGGCUUGGCUGUAUGUUUGCCUGUAAAUCGACUAUGAAUACUCUUUUGAUAGACUUUUUGUUAUUAAGACAAAGCAUGAACAAAACCAGUUCUAUCAGACUCUGCUUCCUACAAUUACCGUACAAAUAGCAAAGGGUUAGAUUGCUAUUUUGUCAUAAGCCGUAUUUAAUAAUAUAAAAUGCCUAUUUUUAUGCUGAUGCUUUUAUACAGAUUUAUUAAGAGUAAACUACAACUAACUGUUAGCACGACUUGCAAUGUUUUGAUAAACUAGCCAUGCUCCUGGGUUUGAAAUCAAGCAGGCUUGUCUUCCGUCUCAGCGGAAGAGAAGACUCUGAGUCUCAGAAGUUUGACUGUAAAUAUGUAUAUUUAACUUUGUACAGACAAUGUACUUACCUUGUAUAGAGAAAUAAUUUAAACACAUGGAGUGAAGGGAGGGAAAAAAAGGCAGUUGUGAAAGGUUGGGAUUUUUUUCCAUUUUAAUUUAAGUGAUGGAGUUCUACGUAUGUUCACAUAAAGAGUUUUAGCACAAAAUACUCAUUAUGAAAGGGUUUCAGAUAUGACACAAAGCACCACUGUUUAUUUUCUGCAGGACAUAUCUUGAAUCCUGCAAGCUUAUUUAUGGGUUUGUUGUUCUGCUUUGGGUUUGCCCUUCAGUUAUUUGCAACAAUGUUUAGGCCUAUUGGUAAGAUUGGAUAACACCAAAUAAAUCUAUCCAGCAAAGUAACAUGUUGAUAUUGAUUGUAUAUAACAUACUCAUUUAAAAGUUAAUUUUCUGUUCUUGCUCUUGCCAGUUUAAGUUAAACACAAACACACACAACACAUAUCCACACAAACCGCAACUUAUUUUUGUGUUGAUUUUUUGUUUCUUAUUGCAGUGGAUUACUAUUUGGCAAUUAAUAAAUUGAAUUAUUGAAUUAC